AUGGCGGGUCUGUGGAGAACAUACUUGAGGCUAUUAGAAAAACAUCCAUGGAAAACUCAAGUGAUUUCCACAGCUACCUUAAUGAGCAUGGGAGAUGCUCUUGCCCAGGUUUAUAUUGAAGGCAAGAAAAAAGACUAUGAUAUAAUACGGACGGCUAGAUUUUUCUUCUUUGGAACCAUAUAUGUGGGUCCAGCUUUGAGAACAUGGUAUUUGACAAUGGAAAGAAUAUUUGGUGCCAGCAGAAACACAGCUCUCCUGAAAGUAGCAGCAGACCAGGGAUGUUUUGCUCCUGCAUUCUUGAGUACAUUUAUUGCUGGGAUGGAAUUUCUUCGAGGUGGCAAAUUGACUGAGAUCAAGAAUAAAAUAAAGCAGGAUUUUGUACCAGUUUUAAUUACCAACUACAAAAUAUGGCCAGCAGUGCAAAUAUGUAAUUUUUACUUGGUCCCAUUUCAUCUCAGGAUUUUGGUGGUCAACAUAACAGCCCUUGGUUGGAACACUUAUUUAGCAUGGAUGUCAGAACAACAAGAUUAA